GGGGGCGGUGGGGAGAGUAUGUGGAUUCAGCGGGUCCAGGAGGUGAUGUUACAGCCCAGGGUUGACUGGGGGUCAGUGCACUGGCCACUGCGUGUGAGUGAUGAGACCUCAUGCCAGGCGUGUGUGAGUGUGAGCUGGCACACUGUGAGUGUGUGUGUGUGAGUGUGUAAGCGUGAGCUGCUGUAACACUGCUGUCCCUCCCCGCAGCUCUCCAACUCCCGUUGGCCAAUGACCCCGGCAGCCGAUCAGCCUCAUCAGAGACGUCCCCACAGCAUCACCCCCACCCCCCCCGGCCCAGACACAUGCUCAGCCUCCCGCAGCAGGUCUACCCCACACACAGGAGCAUGGAGAGUAUAGAGAUCGAUCAGAAGCUGCAGGAGAUCAUGAAGCAGACGGGGUACCUGACAAUAGGAGGACAGAGAUACCAGGCUGAGAUCAGUGACCUGGAGAACCUGGGGGAGAUUGGCAGCGGAACUUGUGGCCAGGUCUGGAAGAUGAGGUUCAAGAAAUCCGGCCACAUCAUUGCAGUGAAGCAAAUGCGUCGCUCGGGUAACAAAGAGGAGAACAAACGGAUUCUGAUGGACCUGGACGUGGUGUUGAAAAGUCACGACUGUCCUUACAUCGUGCAGUGCUACGGCACCUUCAUAACUAACACUGACGUGUUCAUAGCCAUGGAGCUGAUGGGCACUUGCGCAGAGAAGCUGAAGAAGCGGAUCCAGGGGCCGAUCCCAGAGAGAAUCCUCGGGAAAAUGACCGUUGCGAUCGUCAAAGCUCUUUUCUACCUGAAGGAGAAACACGGAGUCAUCCACAGGGACGUCAAACCCUCCAACAUCCUGCUGGACGAGCGAGGGGAGAUCAAGCUGUGUGAUUUCGGGAUCAGCGGGAGGCUGGUGGACUCCAAAGCCAAGACCCGCAGUGCUGGAUGUGCAGCAUACAUGGCACCUGAGAGGAUAGACCCCCCUGACCCCAGUAAACCAGACUACGAUAUCCGAGCUGACGUGUGGAGCCUGGGAAUAUCACUGGUGGAGUUGGCCACAGGGCAGUUUCCGUAUAAAAACUGUAAGACGGACUUUGAGGUGCUGACCAAGGUGCUGCAGGAAGAGCCUCCAUUACUGCCUCAGACCAUGGGCUUCUCCCUGGACUUUCAAUCCUUCGUCAAAGAUUGCCUCACAAAAGAUCACAGGAAAAGACCAAAAUACAACAAACUACUUGAACACAAUUUCAUCAAGCGUUACCAGACCUUGGAGGUGGACGUGGCAACCUGGUUCAAAGAGGUCAUGGCAAAGACAGAGUCUCCUCGGUCCAGCAGCAUCCUCAGCCAACAGCACCUCCCCAUCUUCACCAGGUAGCCAGCGAAGCGGGGAGAGAGGGAGGGGGAGAGAGAGUGGGGUGGGGUGGGGGGGGUGGAGGGGCAAGGAGAAGAGAACUACAGCCACCGUCUGUCACCCACCACCACUCCACCACCAGCAAGAGGUCUGCGUCCGACAGAGACUGGACGAUAUGUACAGAAACCCCAACUCCUGUCCCUUUCUCUCCAGUGUUUUAUUUUCUUUCUUCAACCCGACUCAGGAGUGUGGCUUUGUGAGUGUUUUAGUCGUGAGUCGGAGGAGAAUUUGCUGUCCUCUCGUUCGGUUAAAGAGAAAUUGACAGAGAGCGAGAGGGAGGGAGAGAGAGAGAGAGAGAGUAAAGGACGAGAGGAAAAAGAGGUGUGAAGGGGCUGUGGGUGUGGGGGGGGGAGGUUUGUGGGGUAAUGCGCUUUGAGCUGAGCGUCUGUCUCGCUGUUACUGUGAAUAUCUCCUGAUUGUCUCUUGCC